UGCUGCUAGGAUUUGUGUGGAUCAAAGCUGGAGGCUGACUGCUCCGCCGGAGACACUGACUGCCUGUCCGCCAUCUCACUGAUCCUGCUCCACAGGGAAGAGAGCACCCGCCAAUCGAUCUCCCAGUGAAAACCCUUUCAGUCUGAGUCCUCCUUCCUGAACAUCUGUACAGCCAGCAGUCGGCCUGUGGGCAGCCCAGAUCAGGGUGACAGCCAUUUAGCUGCAGAGAGAGCGAAUGCUCACACAGUAUAGCAAUGCCCAGAAUGCUGAUGGAUUUAGCCGCUAUUCUGUGGGGCACUGGACUGCGUCUGGAAGGCAGCUCGAGCUACUGGGGAGAGGAAACAGUGAAACAAUCAUAGAAUAGCUUUCACAGCCAAGAGAAAAUGUGUUUGGAGGCAGUCGUGAGCUCCUGCGGGUGAGGAGAACAUUGUGAGAGAGAGAGGCACUAUGCUCGGCACCGCCACUGUCUGUGGGUGAAGCAGGUCUCGCUGGAGUCUCCACUGAUCGGUCGGUCCCCAUGGCGUCCUCGCUCCUCCUGUUACUGCUGUCCUCCCGCCUCUCCCUCUCCGAGCUACACACCCCGGCCUCACCCAACACAACCCCUCAGCUGGAGCCGACAACACAGGGCGAGGGGCUGCUGUCUGUCCCGGCCACCAAUGCCAGUCGCAAGCUCCCACAGACCAUCAUCAUGGGGGUGAGGAAGGGCGGGACACGGGCUCUGCUGGAGAUGUUAAAUCUCCACCCACACAUCACGGUGGCCAAGACUGAGAUGCAUUUCUUCGACUGGGACGAGAAUUACCAGCAGGGCCUGGGCUGGUACCGGCAGCAGAUGCCUCUCUCUCUGCCUGACCAGAUCACCGUGGAGAAGACACCGGGGUAUUUCACCUCCGCUCGGGCUCCGGAGAGAAUCCAGGCCAUGAACAGCUCCCUGCGGCUGCUGCUGAUUGUGAGGGACCCGGCCGAGAGGGUCAUCUCCGACUACACCCAGGUCCUGCACAACAGGCGGCAGCAAAACAAGAGCUUCCAGCCCGUGGAGCAGAUCCUCAUCCGGGACGGAGAGGUCAACACCAACUACAAGGCCAUUCAGCGCAGCCUCUACCACCUGCACAUGGCCAACUGGCUCCAACGCUUCCCUCUGGGGCAGAUACACAUCGUGGACGGGGAUUUGCUGAUCAGGGACCCGCUGCCCGAGCUGCGCAGAGCAGAACGUUUCCUCCACCUCCCUCCUCGCAUCCAAGCCUCCAACUUCUACUUCAACCACACCAAGGGCUUCUUCUGCCUCCGGGCGGAGGGGCACGAGCGAUGUCUGGACGACUCUAAAGGCCGGCGUCACCCCUCGGUCAGCGCACGCGCCCUGAGCCAACUCUGCGCCUACUUCAAGGGCCACAACGACAGCUUCUUCAAGAUGGUGGGACGCAGCUUCAGCUGGUGUCGAGGAGACGGGGCCCCCGAGCAAAACAUAACGUCCUCGGACACCUUCCCCCUCGGCCAGGCCUGGCCCCACGGACAAUAGUAGUAAUAGUCCUCACAUUUGAUACAGCGCCUCGUC